ACUGGGGGGUGAGAGCAGCGAGCAAUAGCAAUCUAUCCGAGCCAAUGGCCAUCCUACCCUCAAUCCCCACUGUCUCCCUUCUUGUCAUCCUCUCAUCAAUCCUCAUCCUUCUCACAUCCCCAUCCACAGCGAACGAAGGCAAUGUCCUGGGAACCGGUGAUGUUCUCACCACCGACAGCCAGCUUUCCUACCUCGACAAUAGCUUCGUCAUGCAAGGUGAUUGCAACCUCGUCUUAUAUAAUUAUAAGGGCAAUGGCUUCCAAUCCAACACCCAUGGAGAGGGUGUUAACUGCACCCUGACGCUCAAUGACCACGGCCAGUUCAUCAUCAAGAGCGCCGAUGGUUCCACUGUGUGGACCACGCCACCUGGUCCCAAGAAAGGCAACUACUCUGCCGUCCUCCGUCCUGAUGGUGAGGUAGUCAUCUACGGUCCCACAGUCUGGUCUACCCCCAACUUUGCAUUCACCACCACCGGAGCUUUUUCUUCUGAGAUGAUGAACAUUCCCAUGGUGAACAACGUCCUGUUCUCGUCGCAGAUUCUCUACGACAACUCUAAGCUCGCAACCAGGGACUAUACGUUUAUCAUGAAGGAUGACUGCAAUCUGGCCCUCAUAAAAGCCGCACAAGGUGUCAUCUGGGAGACGGGCACGAAGGGCAAAGGCCGGCAUUGCUUCCUUAGGCUCGACCACCGAGGGCAGCUGGGCGUCGAGGAUGACCACUAUCAAACCGUGUGGGCCAGCAAGCCUAUAUCCAGGGAUGGAGAUUAUGUCCUUAUACUCCAGAUCAACGGACAGGCGGUCGUCUAUGGACCCGCAGUCUGGUCGACGUCCUCCGGCUGAUCUAUGGUGGCCAGUGUGUUCCUAUUUUGACGUCUUAUCCCUCACUUGACGUAUUAUAAAAAGUUUGGCUCGUCGCUGAACCACAGCCUGUAGUAGCCAAAAUAUCCAAUAAAAUAAGUUUUGAAGUCAA